AUGGAACAGCUCGGGAACGUGCAAAUACCACCACUGCCUAAGUCUCUUGAGCUGGCCGCGAUGUAUUUCGACGUUUGCAUUGCUACGUAUAGAAUGUUACAUCGACCGACAGUCGAACGUUGGCUGAAGAAGGUUGUAGAGAACGCGAGCAACUCGAGCGACCUUUCGCAUGGCAUCACGCGCCCACAGGCAGCCAUAGUCUUGGCUAUUCUCGCAUUCGCUAGUUUCCAUGAGGCCAAAGUCAACAGCAGUGUCAACUCGCCAAAAGACAUUGAAUUGUCGCUUUGCCGCGCAGACGAGUUGUUUUGCGAGUCUGUACAUCUCGUCGAUGCCGAAACAGGUUAUCCCCAACUGGAGUCUGCCCAAGCCCGCCUCAUACAAGUCUUAUACAUGCUUUCAUCCUCACGAAUGAACCAAGCCUGGUAUGCCUUCGGUCACACGGUCCUCAUCAUCUCGGCCUUGGGCUUGCAUCGCCGGAAAAAUCGCCGAAAGAAGAAUCAGCCGCAAGACUACGUCGAAGAGCAGUGUCGAAAAAGAACCUUUUGGGUGGCGUAUACUCUCGACAAGUAUCUUGGUGUCGUUUUUGGACGCCCGCGACACUAUCACGACGAAGACAUUGAUCAAGACCUGCCUGACUCUAUCAACGACGAAGACAUGACAUCUGUCGGCCCUUCUGAGGUUGGAACUGACGAUUGUCAUAUCAACGCCUUAAUUCAUCAUGCAAUGCUUGCGCGGAUCGCUGAGCGAGUUUCACGCGAAGUCUACUCGAUCAAACAGAUACCGGAGCAAGAGCGCAUUACGUCUGCGCAUAGACUGAGUUCUGAACUGCAAAAGUGGAAAGCGCAACUGCCGCCAAUCCUUGGAGUCGUAAAUCCCUCCAGUCUCAUCCCGUCCUUCCGACGACAAGCAAUCGCUCUGAAAAUCUCAUAUUACCACGCUGUGAUGCUCGUCCAUCGACCGUUCUUGCUAAAGAAUAUUAACCGGCAUUCCCAAGAAAUUCGCGCACUAGCUGAACAAGGCAUCGACGAAUGCAUCGUGGCUGCCCAAUCUGUGCUCGAGAUAGUAGAUCGAAUGGCACGCGACGGCAAACUCUUCCAUGCUUUUUGGUGGACUCACUAUGUCUCCUUCUGUGCGCUUGUGGUCGUAUACGUUUGGGCUAUACAGCGCAAGAACAACGAUGAAGACGCGGUUCAGCGCUACCCAGGCAUCUUUGAUCGUGCCGAGAGAUGCUUGAAUCACCUCGCUCAAGCUACCGCAACAAAUUCCCCGUCACGUCGUUACAGUAUCAUUCUUCGGGAGCUACGCGCUGAGGCCAAGAAGAAGUUCGGCCGGUACCUCCCGACGAACGUGAGCUCCGAUGAGUUUGUCGAGCAAGGCUCACAUGAAGGCCUUGCAAUGCCCAUAAUUCAGCCUACAAGCGCGAUAUCCGGUCAUGAGGACAGUUUGUUCGAGAGUCCUAGCGAUGCUACCACUUCUCACAUACCCGAUUUUCUCGAUGACUGGCAAACAACUGAUUGGCUUGAUUUGGAUUCCUCCGCCUUUGGUCCAUUCCCGGCGCUCGAGACCGAAUCGGUUGACUGGAUGCAGGAGGCCGCUCAGCAUACUCCGCUCUCUUAG